GCUCGGGGCCGGCGGCUCCGCUAUGGCUGCACUGCGGAGGCUCCUGUGGCCGCCGCCCCGGCUCCCGCCGGCACCCUCCCCUCACCAGCCCUUCCCCGGGCCGUGGGGGCGGCCCGUGGGGACAGCCGCGGGCCCUCCCGGCCGGCCCUGCCCCUGCCGGGAGGAGGAGGACCGGGCUGUGGCGGAGGCGGCGUGGAGGCGGCGGCGGCGCUGGGGGGAGCUGAGCUUCGCGGCGGCGGCCGGCGGCGGGCUGGUCGGCCUCGUGUGCUACCAGCUGUACGGGGACCCCCGGCCCGACUCCGCGCGGGCGCCGGACCCCGGGCGCCCCUCCGAGGGCGCCGACUUGGAGCCGGAGGACCCGCCCCGCGGCCGGGGGCUGCUGCCCAUCCCGGUCGCCGCUGCCAAGGAGACGAUAGCAAUUGGCAGAACAGACAUUGAAGACUUAGACCUCUAUGCUACAUCUCGGGAAAGGCGGUUUCGUUUGUUUGCCUCUAUAGAAUGUGAAGGGCAGUUAUUCAUGACUCCGUAUGAUUUUAUUUUGGCUGUUACAACAGAUGAGCCCAAACUUGCUAAAACAUGGAAGUCACUUUCCAAACCGGAAUUAAAUCAAAUGCUCUCAGAAACGCCACCAGUUUGGAAAGGAUCAUCAAAGCUAUUUCGAAACCUUAAAGAAAGAGGUGUGAUUUCUUACACAGAAUAUCUUUUUCUCUUGUGUAUUUUAACAAAGCCUCAUGCAGGGUUUAGAAUAGCUUUCAACAUGUUCGACACUGAUGGCAACGAGAUGGUGGACAGAAAGGAGUUUUUGGUGCUUCAAGAGAUAUUCAGGAAAAAAAAUGAAAAGAGAGAAACUAAAGGAGAUGAAGAAAAGCGUGCAAUGCUGCGUCUUCAACUGUAUGGAUACCAUUCACCUACUGAUAGUGUACUUAAACCAGAUGCUGAGGAACUUGUCUCCAGAAGCUACUGGGAUACAUUGAGACGUAAUACAAGCCAAGCACUGUUUUCAGACCUCGCAGAGCGUGCUGAUGACAUUAUGAGUUUGGUAACAGAUACCACACUUCUUGUACACUUUUUUGGAAAGAAAGGAAAAGCUGAGCUCAACUUUGAAGAUUUUUAUAGAUUCAUGGAUAACCUCCAAACAGAAGUUUUAGAAAUAGAAUUCCUUUCCUACUCUAAUGGAAUGAAUACCAUCAGUGAAGAAGAUUUUGCUCAUAUUCUUUUACGAUAUACAAAUGUGGAAAAUACAUCCGUAUUUUUGGAAAAUGUGCGUUACAGUAUAGCUGAAGAAAAGGGCAUCACAUUUGAUGAAUUCAGGUCAUUUUUCCAGUUUUUGAACAACCUAGAAGAUUUUGCAAUAGCCUUGAAUAUGUAUAACUUUGCAAGUCGUUCUAUAGGGCAAGAUGAAUUUAAGCGUGCCGUCUAUGUGGCUACUGGUCUCAAGCUUUCACCACAUUUAGUGAACACAGUCUUCAAGAUUUUUGAUGUUGACAAAGAUGAUCAAUUAAGUUAUAAAGAAUUUAUUGGAAUUAUGAAAGACAGACUCCAUAGAGGAUUCCGGGGUUAUAAAACAGUUCAGAAGUAUCCCACUUUCAAAUCCUGUCUGAAGAAAGAACUGCAUAGCAGAUAAGUUCUUGUAAAGCAAAGUUUAAAGAAUUUAUCUACAUAACAAAUGCAA